ACCAUUCAACGUCGGGUGAUCGACGAGGCUAAUAAGCAACCCAAGCGAGCGAGAGCAGCGAGCGGGUCACCCAUCACCUGAACGCGUCUCCACCUGUUCAGUCAGUCCGGACUUUGAUCCAUCGCAGCUCCGGUCCACGCCAGCUGCAGCCGUGUGUAUAUAGGCGCUGCGCCGGCCGCGCGCGGGCGGCGGCAAGAGGCGGAAGAGGUAGCGAGCGAGAGCUCAGCGGACGGCAUGGCGGGGCUGCAGCGAUCGAGCGAGACGUUCCGGCGGUCCGGGUCGUCGGGGACGGUGUGGGAGGACAAGCACCGGCCGGCGUCGGGCGAGCCCGCCAAGCCGCCGGCCGGGGCGACGCGGCAGCAGCGGAGGAGCGGAUCCGGCGGCCACGGCGGGUACAGGGCUGGCCACGUGCAGCCGGCGCUGGACCCGCCGUCCCCGCGCGUCGCGGCCUGCGGCUUCUGCGGCAUCUUCGGCAAGGACAAGCAGCCGCCGGCGGCCCGCGGCGCCGGUGGCAAGGCCCGGCGACGACGCUGACGAUCGAGUUCGGCGACGGCAAGGCGGGCCGGCGUGUAAGCUCUGGUUAUGAUGCUACAUGCUAUGCUAUACUUAAUCCUGUAAGCUUCUUGCUGUUAGUAGCUAUAGCUUCGAUCGGUCUCGUCGUGAACUCGUGAUAGCAAGUUAGAGGAUAUCUACAUGCAUGAUCAUCAGAGACCACGGAAUACAGAAAAGUAAUGGAUCGGUUCGUGCGCUGUUCUUCACAAUUCUCCUAACUCGCAGUGGUUUUAUGUUCGGAUUCCAUCAUAGGAAAGCAUCAAUCGCCUAGUCACCCAUGUACUUGAAACGUUUGGGCGACGUGCUAGCAGUCGACACUUUUUGCUGAAUGAUUCUGAACAUUCUAACUUGUAUCUUUGUUUUGUUCUCGUAUCUUUAGAAUCGCCCGUAGUACUAGCUACAAAUCACAACUUGACGACAAGUAUGUCCUGCGACCCCUCAAAAAAAAAAGUAUGUCCUGCAGCCCUGUUAAUCCCUAUGUUGGAAAAUUGUAAUCUUGAUAGGGGUAUUAACUGCAUGUAUAAUCAUGUCCCUUUCAUGUUGCCUCCU